AUGGCGUCUCAGUUUACCCAUGAAUGGAGUGGGAUUCAGAAAUUCCCUCCUGCGACCCAAGACAAGCUUCUUGAAUUGUUGGGGAAACUGAAGGAGAAGAAAAUGAACAGGUUGACAAUCCUGGUAUUGGGGAAAGGUGGAGUUGGAAAAUCUUCGACUGUGAACUCUAUCAUUGGCGAGAGAGUAGUUACUGUCAGUGCCUUCCAGUCGGAAGUGCCAAGACCUACAAUGGUUUCACGGGAGCGGUCAGGGUUCACACUCAAUAUUAUUGACACGCCAGGGAUAGUGGAAGGAGGAUUUGUCAAUGACCAAGCCCUUGAUGUUAUUAAAAGGUUUCUUCUGAACAAAACGAUAGAUGUUUUGCUUUAUGUGGACCGAUUAGAUUCCUAUAGAGUUGAUAUGUUAGAUUCACAGGUUGUAAAAGCCAUAAGCGAUAGUUUUGGUCAAGAAAUAUGGCGUAGAGCCAUUGUAGUGCUGACACAUGCUCAGCUAUCCCCUCCGGAUUAUCUUACUUAUGAUGAGUUUUUGGCAAAAAGAUUCGAGGCUGUUCUCAAGGUUGUAAAUGUUGGUGCUAGGUUUAAAAAGCAAGAUCUCCAGAACUUUUCCAUUCCCGUUGGCUUGGUUGAGAACAGUGGCAGGUGUAAUAAAAACGAGAAUGAUGAAAAGACACUUCCAAAUGGGACUGCUUGGAUUCCCAGCAUUGUCGAAACAAUCACAAAAAUCGCAUUGACUGAAAGCAAAAGCAUAUUGGUUGACCAGAAGUUGAUUGAUGGCCCCAACCCAAACGACAGAGGAAAGUUAUUUAUUCCUCUAAUCCUGUUAUUUCAAUACUUCUUUGUCAUUAAGCCAUUACAAAGAUCAAUCAAGAAUGAUAUCGACAAAGAGGCGAAGCCUUUAUGGGCAUGAGCCACAUGAUAGUAGCAGUAUUGAGCAAAAACGGUCCGUAGGAAGUUUAUUUUUUGGUUCAUAAGUUGAGAGUCUUAGCUUAAAAACUUUAUCCUGUUGAAAUUGUAUUGAUAUGUAUUCCUGGAUUUACAAUAUAGAAGAAGUUCUUUUAUUUUCGUCAUGUCCUUGGUCAGGCAUCAA